UUCAUAAAGAUGCAUUGCAAAACGAAAGAUACAAGACACUUAGAGAUAAUGAACUGCAGAAAUUGGACAGACACCGAGGUAAUCAUAGCUGGAAGAAUGUCGGAAUUAAUUCCCUGAAACCUCAGAAUUCCGAAGAUGUGGAAAAUGAGAGUGGCAAUGGCCGGAAUACUGACACAAAUCAACAAAUUGAGAAUGAGCAGGAGAUGGUUGUUCCAGAUGACGUGCGAACAAACAGAACUGUUGACAGUGAGGCUAAUGAAAAUCAACAAAUUGAGAAAGCGCAGGAGGUGGUUGUUCCAGAUGACAUGCGAACGAACAAAACUGUUGACAGUGAGGCCAAUGAGAAGAAAUCAGAUGAACUCGGGCAAUCGGAGGAACAUACUGGUGGUGUCAAACAAGUAGAGACAAGGGAUGGUGAUAGAGUAGAUCAAAAUUCUGAAAAAGUGAAAGUUGCAGAAACUCAAGAAGCAGAGACAGAUUUGAGGAAAUCCAGACCCAAGUUGGAAGAAGAUAGAGAGGAAAGUGGGGGAGAAACAGAUGAGACUGAGUUUUAGCUAACAUAAAGAAAUCUUAGAAGUGCUUUGCCUAGUGUAAGAGUUGUAAGAAAACCUGCAUGUUUGUUACUAGAGCAGUUUACAAGUUUAUUUUGCUCAUCAUGUUCAAAACAAUUCUCUAUCGCUC